AUGGAGGGCAUGUGCCGAGAUGGACUUCUCUCGCUACACAUCCGUGGCCAGAAUGCUGGGAUCAUCGUGCGAAGACUUCGCUCUCAGUAUUCGUUCGAGUCAAUGGAGCUCUCCCCAACUACAAAAGGCGUGAUAGAGGCUAAGGGACGACUUCGACGAUGUUUUCCAGGCCCGGCAGUGUUGGUUGAACAUGACCGGUUAGCAGACACUGGUUUCCGGGCCACUCUGACCCAACUUCUCUCGCGGCUGGAUGCCGAGACUCAUGAAGAGGUAAUCCCGAUAGUAAUGAAAGCAAAGUCAGAAGUUCCAGAGACUCGAGACACGGUUGACCCUAGAUUUGUCACGGAAAUGCUUACUGGCAUUCUCCGUGCAGUUGGGCAACCGCUUGACGACGUUCCUCGAGUUCAUAAACGCACGCGAGACGACGUUAUAUGGAACAACACGCUUCAUCCCUGGCGGAGGUCGCCGCUAUGGCUUCUCCUCCGCGUUGCGUUACAGACCAGCCUUUUACAAGACAAUCACGGGGAAGUCUCUCAUUACCCGUACAAGUCAUUCAUGAUUUUCUUCAUGACCCACCUCUUAGAGAGUGCUCAUGCGUCCUCUUUCCCGGAUGAUCUGUUGUUUAUUAUGACAGCGAAAAUCAGCCGUCGUGUGUUAAAACUAGAUGUUCCCAAGGAAUCCAGUUGGUUCUAUUAUACAAGGCGUAUACUACGGGACGUACAACAAUAUUUGGCAGACCGAUGGAAUGCGAUUCAAGACAAUCUAGAUCCCGGCGGGACGCAGUCCGGAUGGAAUCCGCGACUUCUUUGCUUUGUCGAUGAUGUACGGCUGUCACUUAGCAAUCUACGCCCACAUCUUGCCGCCGUACGCUCCCGGAAAAGGGUAUCGCCAAGUCACACUGGUUCUAUCCCUGUAUGCGCCUUUCGUAUCUUACAGUGCAGCACAGUGCUGCCAGACCUCACGCGUCCGCGGGGUACCACUGUGGAUGAGAGAUUCAUUUUUCUUGCGGACCUGGAGUUCUGGGUUCAAGAGUUUCUUGAUGGCUGGUUGAACCUCAACCUCUCUAGAGAAGAAUCGUGCACUGCUCUAAAGUCAGUGAUCGAUACAUAUACAAGCGACGCCAUCUCUGUCUAUAGGGGCAACCCGGUGGAUAUUUCCUUGAUGUUGCUUACUUUAAUGGAUCUGUGGGUAGCACUUGAUAAGUGUGCCAUUUUCCACUGUCCGUUACUGAGAGACUAUGAUCCAGGGUUUCCACCAAGCCUAUUUGAGGCGCUGCUUGCUCCAAAAAGGUUUCAUAUGGAACGCUUACUCCGUGUUGAGCGAUAUCUUUCUGAAAGGAGAGACAAUUCCAACCCACAUCUUCCAUCCGUCUUUGGGCCCAUUAAAAAAACAGGAAGCUUCCCUAUCCGAUAUUUUGAUCAGUCUCCGAACCACCAGUCACUACGAUCUCAGAUUGAAGCGCAGGCACAAACUGAACGAGACAGGAGAGUAUCACAGCUUGAAGACUUGAAACGAGAGUACCAACAAUUGAUAGAGGAUUCAAAUGGGCUAAGUUGUGAAUUCAUAACCCGAUGGAAAAAGCGUCGCGAAGUCACCUCCCACAGCCAUAGCUGCAAGAAGUGUGCGCUCGAGGAAAGGGCUAUGAACCUAUCAAUCAAAGUCCACGAGUGGCCACUUCCCUCGAAAGAUUUGGAGGCUAAGGCAGUGGUGUUUGAGCUUCGUGUACCGUUAGUAGUAUCUGCAUGGCGUGACACGACAUACGGCAUUCUUGUAGACGUAUUCUCUGGCGACCCUGACUUUACACCCCCUAGGUCCAAAAUUACAGGGAAACUGUACACUCUCUACGGCUAUACUGACCUGAGCAAGUUUUCUGGACCAGCCGCGGGGAGGCUUCAGAUAGCGUCAAUCCCAAAGCCAUUUGUUGUCUCGCAUUAUAAUUCGAGGAAAGUUUCCAUAGCUAGCAGGGACAAUAUAUGUGUCAACAACGGCAUGAGCUACUCGCUAUAUGACUCAAAGACAGAAAAUUGGGCAGCAGACCUUCUUGGCAAGUGCAGCAUCCGCGAAAAAUGCACGCACGAUCUUCAAUCUUCUAGGUACUGCGGGAUGCAGAAUGCUGUGAGCAGCACAGAUCAUACCUCCAACGAGGUGCUUGCAGCGCAACACAAAUGUCCACAGGGAUUAACGCUUCAUGAAUUCUAUGAAUUUUGCACGCUACGUGCAGGUCAUCGGCUACAGUGGAGGAACAUUGCGGUCCGGCUAUUCACUCACUCAAUAAACUUUAGCCACGAGGAGACACACAUCUUGAUUGCUCAGAGCAUAUGGCAAGCCGGUUCAGACAGUGGUAGAAUGGUAUGUCGAGAUUCCCAUGUCGACCUUGAAGAAGAAGAUUUUGGCAUAUCACUGCUCUCUGCUCUGGAUGACUCUCUCAGUCGUAUCGAAGGCAAUUGGCAAGGUGCGCCGGCAGCUGAACAGAAGGAGGAAACGAGGUCAAUUUUGUACAAGCGUGCCCUUGAAAUGGCCCUAAGCUGCCACGGGACCUUCGACGUCGAAUCGCAGUACCUUCACCACUUACUAAACUCUAGCGGCGAUAUUUCAACAUUAACAGAAUGCGCAAUCGCGGUGCAUGACCUUUGCCCUACGUCAACCGAUAGCCUGCCUCAAAGUAUCAAGUCUCUAUUGCGAAGUCGCCUUUGGACAGGGUACAACUCUACUAGUGAUUGGACGGCUCUAGCUGCUCCUAAAGAUCGCUGGCUCGAGACUAAGACGCCUAGUGAACCUGGUGCUCACUCAAUGGUGGUUAGCUACAAUAUCCUCAACGGAAGCUUGCUAGUUAACGGAUUGCCUCUCACACGGCUUCCGCCCUCGUAUACAUUGCAUGCAACUUACCGGCGGAUAUUCGGUGAGAAAAUCCUUGAGGUUGUCCCUUCAACAAUGGCCGACAUGGUAUUUGAAACGCGGGAUAAGCAAUGUGGCCAUCAUGGGUGCCAGGUUCAUUUUAGGAUGCACAACUCGGAGCUUAUUAUUCGAACGAGUAUAUGCGGGCGCAUUUACGAGCUUAUUCCCGAAUCUGCUUUAACUCAGGAUUUCCCCGAUGCUUUUGUUAAAAAUUAUGCACACUGGUUGGAAGUGGCCACCGCGCGUGUUGAGUGGAGACUGUUGAGAAAUGUUUGGAAGACUUCCUCAAGUAGCUGGCUCAUGAAACAGGAUGGGUGCCACUACACAUUGGUCAAAGGUGACUUGGAAUUGAUCGAUAUUCGAAGUCCAACGGCAAAGGCGGUAUCACUGGUCCUGAGUCCAUUGGAAAGCGCAAACCAUAUACAUAUCUUCACCAACCACAAGAAGGAUUACUUGGAUGUUCACCUGCCACGCCUGAAACUUGAGUUUUUCUUGGAGCCAAACUCCUUGCGACUUGAAUCGAAACAAUUUAGAGGAAUGGUCGUGGAUGAAAACCAAUCACUAGGGGCACUAACUGGGCUGACGAAUAAGCUUAUCUUUCGUGGAUCCCGCGAUUCGUCACGAAGCGUAAUUGUUCCCCAUGGCGAUGUCAUAUCUGAAAGAACAGAUCAGCACGUAUCCGUGGGAAUUAGAUCCGAUCCGUCUUUGCAGAAUGUCUCCUACCAUCUGUACCAGGUGGAUUUGACGCUAGGUCGCUUACUUGAUAAUGGCAGUUUAAAAAGCAGGCUAUAUAAAUUCUACCUCCAUGCGAUGGCGAGUCAUUGUCUAGCUGAUAGACUCACCGGAAGGACAGGGACAGAGGAAGCUCUCAAAGGGCUAGAGUCAGCAUCCACGCAGUCAUUCUUCAGACUCGAUAGUGAUGAAAUCGAUAUACUAAAGCUUCUCGCAAAGUUGACGCCACGGCGGGAGUACUAUCCUAAGCACCUAAAAGUGAUGCAAAAGAUUACGUGGAACCAAAAUAUCUCGCCGCUCGCACAGCAUCCCUCGUUCAGUAAACUUGUCGAUUCGGUCUUCAAUAUAGCCAAAUCUCAAGAUAUACAAGGUCUACUUCCAGCAGAAAAUAUACUUAUAGACAGGCACCUCCUUGAGAGGGCAGCCAUCCGGGAAGCCGUAUAUCGUGUACACGGCUUCGGCGCUGAGGACCAUAAGACUAAUGUUGAUUGUAUCUAUCUACCUCGAGGUCGGAUUUCGACACGCGAGCUUGAUGUCUGUAGCAUCGCAAAGCAGGUAGAUGAUUGGUCUGCGGACCUACGAGAUUGUUCACAGUUGCUAUGCGAGAUCGAAUCUUGGCCACGACCUCUCGAAGGUGUCAGCGGAGAACCCCUUCCGCUGUGCUAUGAUACCUCGUGGCUUGAUAUGCCUUCAAACCUCCUCCCGGGCCGGUGGUGUACACUACAGGCCAGUCUAUCGCAGAGUAGUCAGGAGAGAGACAAAUACAAGAUUAUGUUUUUCUUAUCCACUUUAGCGUAUUCGCAGCGAUGGAGAAAGGAGCUCUUGCAAACUCUGCUGGCAUUCGCAACCUCUCCCGAGCUUCGUGCAUUGCAGCCACCCAACCAUCCGCGGUUUGUGCUUCACGAUGGAUACCACCCUGACAGGCAUAGGUUGAAAAGUGCGAUCAAGGCCCACUGUCAGUCGUUCCACAAGUGUCCAGAGAGCAGCCUGCCAGCGCUGGAUGGCGAGACAUACAACGAAGCCGAAGAUCGUCGCAGAAGAGAAUAUAUGUGCGAGAGGGAAAAGCGAGUCGAAUCGUUCACCGACACUCUUAUUCAAGAGUGGCCUUCAAUCCGGCCUUGUGGGCGGAGUGACAACGACCACAACACAUAUAUCGACUCAGAACGAGCGUUAUCAACUGCACAGGCGUUAUUCUCCAGUUGGUACUGUAAUUUUGAGUUCAAAAAUUACACCCACAGAGCACAAGGCAUCUUAAACAGGCUGGUUACUCGUAUAAAGACCCCCUGCAUAUACUCCUUCUCUGAGCCUCCAGAGGACUAUAGGCCAAGGCUUGGACAUGUUAGCUUCGACCAUAUCAUGAACUGUGAAGGGCCACAAAGUCUGCCCGCUUUUUCUAGCGAUUGUCAAAUGUGGAUUGGGCAACGAUGCGGGGAGGAGAUGGAUCGGACCGCCGUCAAAUCUUUAUUAGCCUGCCAAACAUCAGACCCAGCGGAUGGGUUCGAAAAACAGUAUGCGGAUGAUCUGUUCAAAAGUCUCGGAUCGCUCCCCAAAAACGAGCAAUUCGUGCUUCAUAAACCUCUGAAAGAAGUUGUGCCCGAAGUGAAGGACUUUGCAGAGGUGUGCAGGCAAAAUGUCGGCGAGACCUACCGAGUCUUCUACAAUCACAUUCAAUCCCGGUCGUCAGCCGCAGAGAAACUUGCCUAUGAUGCAAGGAUGUGGCCAAGGCUGUCUCCAACUUCACUCCUCCAUCACCUAGCUAGAGACAAGCUGCCCGUUUUAAAUGAAGGCUGGAAACGGUUUCUUGUUAGUUAUGGAACAGCAAUAUCCGCUCUCCAACGUGCGCACCGGCUCGUCAAGUGCGGCGAUAACGUCGCAAAUCUGCUCGACGAACUCCAAAACCCCGGUCACGUUGGCUGGGAACCCAUGCAGUAUCCGGACUGGCUUCUCCUUGAGAUAGAAAAUGACAUGCUCAUUCGCCCAGUCCAAGCCCAGGUCGCGCUUGAGAUGAUAUCCCCCUCGUCCCCCGCAAACUCACUCUUGCAGCUGAACAUGGGUGAAGGUAAAUCGUCUGUUAUUGUCCCAAUUGCCGCUGCCACUCUAGCAGACACCGAAAAGAUGGUCCGGGUUGUUGUUCUUAAACCACUAGCGAACCAAAUGUUCCACCUACUCGCUCAGAAACUAGGCGGUAUGAUCAACCGGCGUAUUUACUAUAUUCCAAUCUCGCGAUCUCUCCGGUUAAAUGCAGAGAGUGUAGCCAGGGUUAGAGAGCUGUUCGAAAGUUGCAAAUGCUCCGGGGGCGUACUCCUCGUGCAACCGGAGCAUAUUCUUUCUUUUGAACUGAUGGGGUUUGAUCGUCUUCUGUCCAGAGAUUGGGGGGUUGGAAACGCUAUCAUCGGAACGCAACGAUGGCUUGACGAAUAUUCGCGUGAUGUGCUGGACGAAAGUGACGAAAUCUUAAGCGUCCGGUUUGAACUGAUCUACACCAUGGGAACUCAGCGCGCAGUCGAGUUUAGCCCAGAUCGUUGGUUGAUCGCAGAGGCUGUUCUGAAAACGAUUUCUGAUUGCAUACAUGCGGUUCACAAGUUGCUCCCAGAAGGCUUGGAAGUGAACCAUGCGCGUCAAGGGGCCUUCCCUCGCAUUCGAAUCCUCCAUGCGGCUGCAGCUAAAACGCUAUUAGAUACUGUAGCCCAUGAAAUAUGCGAUAAAGGACUCCGCGGCAUACCUGUGUGGACGCUUCCUCAUAAUGUACGAAAAGUCCUGUUCAGGUAUCUCACUGAUAUCUCCAUGACGGAAGCUGAAGCAAAACCAUUGCAGGAUACCGUGUUUACGGCAGAAUCAAUUAAAACAGGUGUACUCCUUCUCAGGGGCCUUAUUGCCGGGGGGGUUCUGAGCUUUGCUCUAAGGAAUAAAAGAUGGCGCGUCAACUAUGGGCUUGACCCAUCACGAACCAUGCUCGCUGUUCCAUAUCGAGCGAAAGACAGCCCGGCCGCACGAGCUGAAUUUAGCCAUCCCGAUGCCACCAUUGUUUUAACCUGUCUGUCGUACUACUAUGGCGGGCUUGAUGACGAACAGCUUCGUCUCAGCUUUGAGAAGCUUCUCCUAUCCGACAACGCACAAGAGGAGUACAACGCUUGGGUCCGAGAUGCCCCUGGAUUGCCGUUACCCUACCAACAACUGAGAGGCGUAAACCUGAGCGAUGAUGAUCAAUGCUCUCGAUAUAUAUUUCCCACUCUUCGGUUUGCCAAAGGCGUCAUCGAUUUUUAUAUGUCAAAUAUCGUUUUUCCCAAGGAGAUGAAAGAAUUUCCAUUUAAACUCUCAUCCUCAGGAUGGGACAUUGCACGGAAGAAGACUUUUCCGACCACAGGUUUUAGUGGAACUAAUGACAGUCGAUAUCUGCUGCCAUUGUCUAUCUGCCAGAAUGACGUCGAAGAGCAGAGACAUACAAAUGCAGCCCAGCUCGUUUGUCUGCUUCUCCCGGAGAACUCGUACUACCAUAUACCACGAGGCCCAUCAAACGAAUGCCUCGAUGCCGAAACACUUUUGCGCGUAGUAGCCGCAUCAAAUCCCCCUGUUAGGGUUCUUCUUGACGUUGGGGCACAGGUCCUGGAAUUAAAGAAUGAACAAGUUGCAGCCUCAUGGCUUCAGCGUGUUCCACCCACCAAGGCAUGUGCGGCGGUGUUCUUCAACGAUGACAACGAACUAACAGUCUUGACUCGGGACUAUAUCACUGAGGAUCUCAGGGUCUCCCCAUAUGCGAAGCAGAUGGAUCAGUGUCUAGUGUAUCUAGACGAGGCACACACUCGGGGUACGGAUUUGAAGUUGCCGGUAGACUACCGGGCAGCUGUAACGCUAGGACCUGGACUUACCAAAGACCGGCUCGUACAAGCGUGCAUGCGUAUGCGGAAGCUUGGAAAAGGCCAGUCCGUGAUGUUUUGUGCCCCGAUGGAGGUGGAAAGGAAAAUUCUCGACUGCAGCGGUAAAGGUGCAGGCGACCGUGUUGAGGUAGCUGACGUCUUGAGGUGGAGUAUCCAAGAGACCGGCGCCCACACAAAGAGAAGUAUUCCGCUGUGGGCUACGCAGGGGGUACGGCAUCAACGUCGUCAUACAGUGUGGUCUGAUUUGUUAGGUGACUCAACAGCGACAUUCCCGUUAGAUGCUGUAGAGUCACUGCUCGAGCCGGAGGCACAGAGUCUGCAGAAACGAUACGGGUUUGAUCGACAGUCCAUCGAAGAAGAAGUACUCUUAGACCACGUACGGAAUGAGAGUUUAUCCAAAAGGUGGAGUCAGCUGGAUGCCAUUCGAGAAAAGUGUCAGCGAUUCGGAAUUUUUUCAUUUAACAGCACAGCUCUACAUGAAGAGCAGGAACGCGAAUUAUCUCCAGAGAAUGAACGAGAACAGCAGGUCGAGCGGCCGUCAUCGGCAAAACCCCUUACGCAUACCAUCAGCAAGGAAAUCAAGCACUUUGUAAGAGUGGGAUAUCUUAGUCGCUCCUCAAAGGGUUUACAGCCUAUCUUUCGAACACUGCAAGAGACCACUGCUAGUGAAUCGCUGGAGUUAACCGCGUGGUCAGACUAUCUACGUGCAUCCAAAGAUUUUGCCUGUACCGUCCGAGACCCGGCGGGCAUGGAUCUUGGGAUGUUCUUGAGGCCCGUACAAUGGAUUGCAUGUAGUCGAGGCACAGACCCCAGAGAAUGUGUGAUACUCAGCCCUUUUGAGGCGAACGAGCUACUCCCAGAUAUCAGGAAAUACAAAGCAGUCACGCUACAUGUCUAUUCACCGCGCAUAAGUGCCUCUACACCGUCAAUGGAGGACCUCACCGCGUUCACCAUCCCGGCUGUUUCGACGUCGCCAUUAAAACCAGCCAUCACCAUGCAACUAAAUCUGUUCGCGGGCCAACUAUAUUUGAGACAGCACGAAGAGUACCUCCUACUUUGCCGGUUUCUAGGCCUAACUUCCUGCGCGCCAAAUGACAACGGGGUAAAGGUCCACGGCGACGGGUUCGUAGAUCCGGCGAGCCGGGCAACUUUUGAUGGAGUCAUGGCAACGGAGUGCCGAUUUACAAGAAGCCCAAUACCAUUUCUCAAAAUUUUAUUGAAUCUACGAAGGAAAGGACAAAGUCUUGGGAGGAGUCACCUUGGAUGGAUCUUAAAUGGGGAACUGAUUUCGGUAGGGGAAUUCUGA